AUGAUCGCCGCGAUGAUCCGACCGGAGGACACCAUACGCGGGCCACGCUCGUUCCGCGGCGAGGCCGAUGACGAUGAUACAGAAAAAGGGCUGGAGGCACUGGUACCGCCUCGCCUGUCGAUUGACGAUGUCUCUCCUGGUCCCGACGACGAUGGGAGCAGGCCCGGUACAGCAAUGAGCGAAACCCAUGGCGGCAGUAGCAGACCAGCCGCAUCUAGACUGCUCAGCCCCGACGACACCAUUGACCUUGUGCGGCGCACGGUGGAAACGGGAAUCCAGGAUACUAAACGCUCGCUGGCCGGAAGCGAGGCUGUUAGCCAUGUGGUCAAGCCGAAGCUGACCAUCGAUCUGGGGCAUUCUCACAUAGUGAGGAUUCCAGAGCCUGUGGUGGAUAUAAUCAAAGAUGAAGUGGAAAGGAUUUCCUUGUCCAACAACCACCUCUUCCACAUUCCCUAUCGCUUCGCCGAGUGCUCCCAUCUGCGAUACCUCAACAUCAGAGCCAACAGUUUCCGUGAAUUUCCCAAAGGAGUCUACAAGUUGCCGCUGCUGGAGAUUCUCGAUCUCAGUCGAAACAAAAUUACUACCCUACCGGAUGAAAUCAAGAAACUGUCCUCGCUGCGGGUGCUGUCGAUCAUGCAGAAUCGCCUGGACGAUUUACCAUCCGGUCUUUCCGACAUGAAUAAACUUCAGAUUCUCAAGGUUGCCGGCAAUCCAUUACAAUACCCCCUGCGGCGUACUCUGGAGGACUCUGAAAAUGACAUGGCCAGCUCUGCAAUGACUGACAACGAGAAGGAGGUGGCGGUGACUGCCGAUUUGAAGAGAUUCCUCAAGGUUCGCCAACAAGCAAAUACUCCAGAGCCAGAGGGCGGCAAUGACACGAGUGAUGGAACGGUCGAUCACCCGAGACCUCAGCCGGUCAAACGAAAGUUGAGUAGUCGGUUUCCCGUGAUUCCAAGCACUGGAGACAGCUCGGCAGCGUCGUCCAGAUCACCGUCACUAUCGCGGCCUCCCCCGCCCAUCCCCGUCAAAUCCCACAAUCGCAUAGCAUCGGGACAGCCAGGUGCUACCUACCAAUUGGCUGGUCUUCAGCGCCCUGGCAUUACUCCGCACACUGCCGCUGAGCGGAACCGCAGUAACAGCGAAGGCAUCAUCCAAGCAUCCUUUGCGGCGCGGAACAAACGAAUGGGGGUCAUUACUCGCAAAAAUACUGAUCUCGGCACCUUGGAUGAAACAAGCCCAGGGAGCUAUCGAAACAGCCACCUGCGAGGUCUCAGUCAUGGAUCAGUUCUUCGAGCACGUCCGGUCGGCCCGACACCUGCCAGCGGCAGUAGUUCUUCAAGCCCUGGUAGCCCCAGAGGAGAACGCAGGCGUCUCCGGGAUGGCUGGGUCAAUCGGAUGUCCAGUCUUCCUGAGCACAAGGGCGAGCGAGGAACGGAUGAACCGAUCAUCAAGUGCGCCAAAGGGAUCCUUUUUGCACUUUUCCAGGUCCACUCCCAUAUUUCUACGCUGAUAAACGUGAUUAAGCGCGAUGAUACACGACGACACAGCCUUGAAAUUGUUUUUUAUAAUGCUUCUACACAUGUGGAUCGGCUCAACGAGGCUCUUGAGGGUGCUGAAACUUUGUUGACCGAGGAUCCCGACUCUUCAUCGUCAGUUACAGAAACCGUGAAGAGUGAAUGCGAGACCUGCAUCAGGGCCUACACUCAUGUUGGCACACAGCUGCGCCAUACCGCGACCAAGAUUGUCGCUAAUGGUGAUGGCCGGUAUGUACGGUCCCUGAUGUUGAUGAUGUAUGGCAGCCUCGUGGAGCUACGAAACGCCUGUGCCAGUCUAAACGUCCCCCUCCGAUCCGUUAACAAGCAUAUCUCCCCCGCAAAACGCGAAGGACGUUCAGUCAUCAAGGAGAUGCCGCCCACGGACCGGUUCCAGGGCCCCGUAGUCACUCCAACAAGGGACCAAACUCCACCAACUCGGCGCCUCCGAAGCGAUACCACAAUCCGACAUCCCCAGCCUCCCGUGUCCGUACCCUUGCCGUUAAACGCAAGCAACCAGAUUACCUCUGGGUCGCCUAGCUUCACAUCCUCCUCUUCCUUCAACUAUGGCCGCAGUCGUUCAUCCAGCCGGUCGAACUUGGUCAACACCUCUGUGCCGUCUUCAAUGGCAACACCCCGCUCUGGGGAAUCCUUCCCUCCUAUUCCAACCGCCGCCAUGCCUCGUAUCAACCCAUUAACUGGACUGGACGAGAUUGAAGAGGAGCGGAUCUUCGAAAAGAUCUUCCACCAACUCACAUCCGCUUACACGGCUGCAUUGCAGGCAUUGCCUCUCGCACGCCGGCAAUUUAGCCGAUGCCUCGAGGUGGCAGAACAAUCACGCGAGUCCGAGGGAAUGCAGAUGGUCUGGAACAACCUCAUUCGCCGGUGUAGAUUCUGCCUCGAAGUAUCGGAGGCACUGGGCAUUCGCCUUUCCACGAUGAAAGUCAAAGAACCAGGUGGCGGACUACGCAAUCAACGAGAAUUCUGGCAGCUCUGCAAAACAUUCAUGCAGUCUUUUGUGGAACUCGUAACAGACAUGCGUGAAGUGCGAAGCAUGCAACUCCUCCCAGGCGAUAUAAUCAUCAUUUUGCGCCCCGUCCAAAAAGCCAGUCGGGAAGCUGGUCGCUUGAUCGAGGCUUCUCCCUGGUCCUACCUUGCCGACAUGACCUCCGCCCAAGGCGCAGGCACCUUGUAUGGCCCGCCCCUGCAGACAACACACUCACAACACCAAACGUCGUCCUCCACCUCCGCCAUCUCUCACCCGACUGCCCUCCAGCACAGUGCCAGCCUGUCCCCGCAGUCUGUAACAGUCCCCGCUACACCGCUCAGUGCUGCACUCGGCCCGGCCGCGCAGGCUACUGUGCCCUCCACGCCGGCCAGUGCGUACAGUGACAAGUUCUUUGAAGGAGAUGUUUUCCAGCGCGCAGACUCGUUGCUCUCGACGGGACAUCAGGCGCCGUACUUUAGUCGUCGGUGA